UGUCUAAAAAUAAUAAUGAUAAUAAUAAUAAUAAUAAUAAUAAUAAUAAUCAUAACAACUAGAUUAAGGUGGUUGCAGACUUUUCUCCUACAUGUUUUAGUCACAUAGAUUCUUUCCUCAGGCUCCCAGUAUUUGAAAUUUCAAGCCCUCUCUCUCUCUCUCUCUCUCUCUCUCUCUCUCUCUUUCUUGUGCAUAUAAAUAUUAAUUCUAAAAGACCCAACAGGUCAGGGAUUAUAGAAUACCAUGGAAACUUGUACUGGUCAGUCAUUCAACAGUUUUGACUGAAUUUGAAUGAGUUUCCCAAGUUGUAAUCUUCCUGGGCAACUUUUGUAGUCCCGGAAAUGAAACAAGCAUGGACUCAAGAAAAUUGUUCCGAAACCUUGGCGAAACUCUACAUGCCCUACUGGGUCUAAAAGCUAGUGCAACUCCAAACUGGGUUAAAUCAGUUUGUGAUAUAGUUCAAAAGCUACCAUCAGAAUUCAAGGUAACCAACAUUGAUAGUGAUGAUUCUGCUAAUGCCACUUCAAGAAUUCAAGAUGAGGUUGCUGCCUUAACUAGCCAAAUAAACCAAUUGAGCACACAGAGAAGGCAGCUGCUGAAUGCUUUUCUGGACUUGAAAGGAAACAUUCGCGUGUUUUGUCGAAUAAGACCUAUCACAUUAGGAGAUAAUUUUGGUCAGAUAAGACCAGUAGUGGCUGUCGAUUCAAGUAAUGUUCUUCUAAAACUUGCUGAUAGUAAGAGUAAGAGUUACAGUUUCGAUAGAGUUUUCCAGCCAGGCUCAUCACAAGAUGAAGUUUUUUCGGAAGUUGAACCAGUCAUCAAAUCCGUCCUUGACGGUUACAACGCUUGCAUUUUUGCAUAUGGGCAGACAGGCACUGGAAAAACAUUCACAAUGGAAGGCAGACCAGAAGCUCCUGGAGUAGUACCUCGCGCAUUUGAGGCACUAUUUAAGCAGGCAACAGAUAGUACCCAUUCAUUUCUCAUCACUUUCAGUAUGCUUGAGAUUUAUAUGGGCAAUCUCAAGGACUUGCUUGUCCCCAAGCCCUCAAGACCAAUGGAUCCUAUUUCUCCUUGCCUUUCAAUUCAAACAGAUCCAGAGGGUGGAAUUGAAAUCGAAAACCUUGUGUCAAUUCAAGUUAAUGAUUUCCACCAGGCUUUGCGGCUGUACAGAUUAGGGUGCCGUUUCAGAUCAACUGCCUCUACAAACUCCAACAGAACUUCAAGCCGCUCUCAUUGCAUGAUAAGAAUAGCAAUAACUUGCUUUGAUGCUCCUGAGAGGCGAAGGGAAAAAAACAAAAUCUGGUUAGUGGACCUUGGAGGAAGCGAGCGUGUGCUGAAGACAAAGGCAUGGGGGAAAAGACUUGAUGAAGGAAAAGCUAUUAACUUGUCACUCUCUGCACUUGGAGAUGUUAUUAAUGCCCUCCAAAGCAAGAAGCGCCACAUACCUUACAGGAAUAGCAAGCUGACACAAGUCCUUAAAGAUUCACUUGGUGAUGAUUCAAAAACACUGAUGCUAGUCCAUGUCAGUCCCAAGGAAGAAGAUUUAUGUGAGACCAUAUGUUCUCUAAAUUUUGCAACAAGGGCGAAAAACAUUCACCUAGGCACUGAGGAUACAAUAGAGGUAAGAGAGCAGAAGGAAGUAGCAAUGGCAAAUCUGCAGCAAAAGAUGAUACAGAUUGAACAUCAGCAGCUGCAUAUUAGAAGCGAAAUUUUAAAAUUGAAUAAGAGAUUAGAAAAUCUAACAGGAAAAAAUAUAUUUUCUGAAAAGCAACUUGAGGCAUAUAGUUUUAUGGAAGAACCACUUGCAAAGAACAGAUGUGGAGAUAAAACAGCAGCUCCCAUAUCAAAGUUACCGAGAUUUAUGAGGCCUACCAUUUGCAGCCAAAAAAAAUCAGGGACAAAUUUCCAAACUUCAGAACGGAAAGUCCCGGUCUCUGGAAAAAGGAGAAGGCCAUCGUCUCAUCAUGCUGAGUCAGUGACUUUUCCUGUGAAGGAUCAUCCAGAUCACAAAUCAGAGCGUAGUAUUUCCAGAGCUAGCUGUAUAGCAGGAUUGGAUGGGAGAGACGGUGCUGAUAAUGCAACAGAAUAUAGCCAAGACACAUUAGAAACUGAUACUAAAAUGAUGGAUGUCCAAGAACAAGAAAAAUUGCCAAGGAGUUCAGAUAGUCAAAGGGCUGACAAUACUCACAUUCUGAAAAACAUAAAUAGACAGACAGCCAUGACAAAUUAUAUCAAAUUGUCAAAGGUUGACCAAUGGCUUGGUCUGCAGAAGAAUGAAACCAAUAAGAGUGGUAAUAGGACUAAACGGGUUUUAGCUAUUCCUACCCCCGAGAAGAAACAUAAGCAUAAUGAGCAGAGCAAAGCAAAGGAAGCUUUUGAUACUAAAGUACAUAGUUUUCAUGAUCCUAGAAUACAUAAAGAAGUGAACCGCAAUAAAAGGGCUAAACCAGUAACUGCCAGGAUAGUUGGAAGGCCCAUAUCAGAAGUAGGGAUUGACAAACCAGCAAUAAUAUCACAGGAUUUAUUCACUGAAGACUCAAGAUCUGAUUUCAUUUCUGUAUCUCAAACAACAGAAGGAAUAAAAAUCGUACAAACACAGGAUUCUGUAGAUAAGUCAUCAAAAGAGGAUGAAUGGAGCACUCUUUCUCAAGAAGAUGUCCGUUAUCACAGAUUUGGUGAGUAUAAGGAUCAUGAUCAUGCACUUCCUAUCAAGGAGACAGUAGAAGGCGAAAAACAAAUAUCAGACUGUUUCCAGUUAAAGAACAAUGAAUGCUAUGAACUUUUGCAAUCUGAUUUAGAUAGCAGUAUCGUUUACUCAAAACGGGUUUCUGGUCACUCCACUUCCAUAUUAGAACAUGAAUUGUUCUGUCAGCAAGUAUCCACUGAAUAUAUUGUGGAAGGUGGUGAAAGGCAACACACAGAUUCCUCCAUUCAAAGAUCUGCAAAAGAUAGAAGGCAUGGCAUGCUCCAUGUGAGAUCACAAAGAGCUUUAUUUGUGAACUACUCAGAGCAGAAGCAUUUAAACAAGCAAUUUGAUAAGCCUCGAGAAGAACCACAGACCACAGGAAUAUGCCAUAUUCUUAAAGAGAAAAUUGAAAUUUUAUGGGCCAGUGCACUUCUAGGAUUGGGGUUCUAUAACCUGGGAUAUGAGCAUGAGUUCUUCUAUAGUUUAAUGCUUUGAAGCAAAGCCAGUAGAUGAAAGAGUUAGCAAUCUUUCGUGCGGAGGGGCGAGCGUGAGAUGCAAGUGGAUGUCACAAAAACCUCACUAUCAUAGCCUUCUGUCAAUUUUUGCUGAGAAGCAAGCUGAAUCCUGGUCCAUUUAAGCAACGCUCCAUGCACUGAAGCAGUUAUGAAAGGUCUUUGUGGCUUUAUAUAAAUGAUAUUUAGAAACUCUCUGACAACUAUAUUAGGAAAGCUCUUGCGAAAUUCUGCUCUAGCUUCUACAGCUGAAAUGUUUAUCUUAAGAAACAAGAGGAUGCCAAUGUUUCCAACGUGCCGCAGGCAGAAUAGACAGCUACUGGUUUGUGUACAUAUGUAAAAUGUAUGUUUAAUUAUAAGGUGCAAUAGGCUCGGUUGGUUUUACCACACCUGAAGGAAUGGAAUAUCCUAGAGCCAUGUUUGUACCCAUAAUCCUAGUACUGUUGAUUCUUUCUAUGCAUCAACAUCAACUAAGCUUUAAUCCCAAAGUAGUUGGAGUCGACUAUAUGAAUCUUUUGAUUCUUUGUAUGUAUAUUUUUUAAAAAUAUACAAUGGAAAUUAUUCAGCUGAAUAUUCUAAUCAAUGACAUGAAACAUUUAGGGCA